ACUGGCCGCGCCGUCCCGCGUGGUCAUGCGAGGACUAAAAGCAACACGUCCGAAGCAACAAUCCAACAAGACCGAGACACACCAGAUCCAAAAGCAGCAAAAAACUGGAUUCCAUCUAUUCAGACGAAGCAACCGUCGCUUUCAUCAAACGCACCUUGUGCGCUCAACAACCUCACAGGACCAGAGGGUAGCAGAGCACGGAAUACCUCCAAACCUUUGUCCGAAUUAUUACCACCUUUGACCACUUCUAACCAAGUCGACCUCCAGCUUUAUGCUCUGAUAUCCAUCAUAAUCAAGGACUUUGUACAGGCUUGGUACUCCAGAAUCACCCCGGACCAAGAGGAAAUCUAUCACGCCAUCAACCCGCAUCCUGCUCUUUCCCCCGUCCCCUUCGAGCCUGGGUCUCUCGCAUCAUUAGAUCAGGCCGAGAACGAAGCUGCAUGGCGUCAGUUACUGAUUCAAGGAGUUUUGUCUCAUCUGCUCCCGCCAGAGGACCUGAAGAAUCCACCGCUAAGAGUCUUAGUAACCGAGAUAUUCUCUGAGUUGAUCAUUGGACGCGGAGUCUGCGGCAAUAUUUGUGAAGGCUGGUUCAUCUGGGAUGUUGUCUCUAAGCUGCUUGCCAUUCUACGUCCACCUGAACCUGAAGUACAACAGGAACUACCCAUCAGCCCGAAUCGCCUCGAGAAGUUUGGACUUCUCGCAGAUGAUAGUGACGACGCCGAAGAGCCACCCACCGUUACCACGAGAAGUCCAGUGGAUACUUUAUCCGGCAUGUUCUGGCAAGUCAUGCAAUACGCCUUCCUUGUCUUCAUCUCGAUAAGGGCGUUCUUCACAGCUCUGUCAGAUGCCGCAACCCUGCCUCCAAGGACGAAUAGCAGAGAAGAUACGACACAUGCUGAGUUAGACGAUAGUGGGUCACUAUGGCAGCAAUCAACACACGACAGUACGAAGAAACCAAUCCUGGGAAUGUCUCUCUUGAGCUGCUGCUCGCACUUGCUUUCUUUGGACUUGCAGAUGCCUUGGCUCACCACCAUGGGUUCGUACAUACAGUGGCUUCUGAUCUGCAGCUCAUGGAAGGUGGGUCACACAAACAGCAGAUUGGACAGG